AGAUAAAGCCCGCAGACUGCAGAGUUCACUCCAGUCUUCUUCUCCGGCAAACUCGCCACAACUCUCCUAUCAGCUCACAGUUGAAGCUCUCUUGUUUUUAAAGCUACUGAAUUCAAAAGCAAUUAAUGCCUAGGGUUUUAUUUUUUCCUCCAUUAAUUUUGCCUCGCUUUUGUAUAAGUUCAAGGCCAAUUGUUAGAAUGUCUGCAAUUGAAAGCAAAACUCUUAGUAUAUCUGUUGAAUCCAUGGCAAUAAAGCCUCCUUCACAUCCAACUUAUGAUUUGAAUGGUGUCAUUAAACUCGCCCUUGCUGAAGAUGCUGGUGAUCGAGGGGAUGUAACUUGUUUGGCAACUAUUCCAUUUGAUAUGGAAGUGGAAGCGCAUUUCUUGGUGAAGGAGGAUGGUAUAGUUGCUGGAAUUGCACUUGCGGAGAUGGUAUUUCAUGAAGUUGAUCCUUCUUUGAAGGUGGAGUGGUCCCAAAAAGAUGGUGAUUACGUUCGUAAAGGAUUGCAGUUUGGGAAAGUUUACGGACGGGCGCACAGCAUUGUUGUUGCUGAAAGAGUGGUGCUAAAUUUUAUGCAGCGGAUGAGUGGGAUAGCGACUCUGACUAAGGCAAUGGCCGAUGCUGCACGCCCUGCAUAUAUUUUAGAGACACGAAAAACUGCUCCAGGUCUACGUUUGGUGGAUAAAUGGGCGGUACUAAUUGGUGGAGGACGGAAUCACAGAAUGGGUUUAUUUGAUAUGGUGAUGAUAAAAGAUAAUCAUAUAUCAGCAGCUGGAGGGAUAAAGAAUGCCAUCAGAUCUGUUGAUGAGUUUCUAGAGAAAAGGAAUCUCCAAAUGGAGGUUGAGGUUGAGACCAGGACGUUUGAGGAGGUAAAGGAGGUAUUACAUUAUGCAUCAGAAACAAAGACUUCUCUCACCAGGAUAAUGUUGGACAAUAUGGUUGUCCCACUACCAAAUGGAGAUGUUGAUGUAUCGAUGCUGAAAGAAGCCGUGGAAUUGAUUAAUGGCAGAUUUGAGACUGAGGCAUCGGGAAAUGUUGCUAUUGAAACGGUUCAUAAAAUUGGACAAACUGGGGUGACCUACAUCUCCAGUGGUGCGCUAACACAUUCUGUUAAAGCGCUUGAUAUCUCCCUCAAAAUCGACACAGAAUUAGCACUUCAAGUCGGAAGGCGUACAAAACGAGCAUAAAACUCUUUUUACAUCUUAUAUACUCCUUUUUACAGGAAAAUUCUACAGUCAACACCUUCAUUCUCCUUUCGUCCACAAUAAGGAAAGAAGAGCAAGAACCUAGUCUUUUUCGCCCCAGGGAAAACUGACACUUUUGUUGACAUUUUUGUACCAUUCAACCUCUUUCGCAUCGAAUACAUCCGCAAAUAUGUAAGUAUUCAACCCAAUAAUUCAAAUAUAUAUUGUGGUGGCAUUUUACUUUAACGUUUCCCAAAA